AUGAGGGGAUGCGCCUUGCAUCUCUCUCCCGUUGCUGCCCUCUCUGUCUUUCCGGCUGCUUUCCCUGCCCUUCCUGCGGUCCUCUCUGCUUUCCCUGCUGCCCUCCCUGUUGCCCUCCCUGCUGCCCGCUCUGCCCUCCUUUCCUCCUUUCUUCUUCCCGCCUGUGCCACAUCGCCGCGCCCCCCUUUCAUGCACCAGGACUAUGAUGCAAAGCUGACGGACUUUGGCAUGGUGCGAGUGGGGCCGGAUAGGCAACUGCGGUCGAUUGUCCAUACCGACACCUUCUUUCUCACACGAACCCCCUCCCCUUCCCCAGGCCGCCUGGGUGUCAAGAGCGACGUCUACUCCUUUGGCGUUCUCCUGCUAGAGCUGCUUGAAGUUUACUCUGAUCCCCGCUCCCUUUCCCGACGCUUGUCCGCUCUUCCCCUCUCUCCCCCUCCCCUUCCCCAGGCCGCCUGGGUGUCAAGAGCGACGUCUACUCCUUUGGCGUUCUCCUGCUAG